CGAGCCGAGGCCGAGAAUCCGGCGCGAUUUCGCAGCGGCGCAGCGCAGCGCAGCGACGGCCCUGUGUGCGGCCGGGGGUUGAUUGGUCUCUCUCUCUCUCUUCUGUCCGAGGUGUCGUACGUACUCGCGGCAACGACGGCGGUGGCGGCUUUUGUUGUUUCUCACGCGAGUGGUGCGGCAGGCGCGAAGAGAGGAGCAGAGAAGCGGCGGCGUGUGUAACGUAGAGCGUUACGAGCCACCGGCGCGGCGGCGGCAGCAGUGAAAGAGGAGGAGUAGCCGGAGUAGGAGCGGAGAAAAAGAGAGAGAGAGAAAGAGAAAGAAAGGGAGAGGGGACGGACAGGGAGAGAGAACCAGCGUCGGGAAGCGCGCUGGCACGCGGUAUAGCGAAAAAUGGCGAAGACGUUUCGCGCGGUGACGGUCUCGACUCUGUCAAACAAUGGACAGUCCACGCCGAAGUACAACAAACCGGUCGCGCUCAAUAUCAAUUACGACCCGCAGGGCCUCAGCGUCGAGCUCGUCUCAGGAGAUGUUAGCAGCAGGGAGAAAGCGACUCUGUUGGAAUUCCCAGUGACUCCCAGUACCGAAUGCUCUCGUGUAUCAUCUCGAAGUUAUGUUUUUACGCUUGAUACAGAUAGCUUACUGAUUACAUUCGCUAAUGAAACAGAUUUCCGUAAUUUUCACUCGCACAUAGUAAAACUCAAGAUGGGGAAAGGCGUGUCAGCGUUUAACGAGAGAACGGAAGAAUCCUCGGCGAUGCAGUAUUUCCAAUUUUACGGUUAUCUCUCGCAGCAGCAAAACAUGAUGCAGGAUUACAUUAGGACUAGUACAUACCAGCGAGCGAUUCUUGGAAAUCUGUCUGAUUUUAAGGAUAAAGUUGUCCUAGACGUAGGCGCUGGUUCUGGCAUAUUAUCCUUCUUCGCCAUACAAGCUGGCGCGAAAAAAGUAUAUGCCGUGGAAGCUAGCAAUAUGGCAAAUCAUGCCGAGCUACUAGUUGCAGCUAAUAAUUUAUCAGAUAAAAUAAUAGUCAUAGCUGGAAAAAUAGAAGAGAUCGAUUUACCCGAGCAUGUGGACUGUAUAGUGAGCGAGCCUAUGGGAUACAUGUUGUACAAUGAACGAAUGCUCGAAACCUAUCUGCAUGCGAAAAAGUGGUUAAGUCCAGGCGGAAGAAUGUUUCCCUCCAGAGGUGAUCUGCAUAUCGCACCCUUUUCCGAUGAAAAUCUUUACAUGGAACAAUUCAAUAAGGCCAACUUUUGGUAUCAGACAUGUUUCCAUGGGGUAGAUCUCUCUGCCAUGAGAAAUAACGCCAUUAAAGAAUAUUUUAGACAACCGAUUGUCGAUACUUUUGAUAUUAGAAUAUGUAUGGCAAAAUCUGUAAGGCACAUAGUAGACUUCCAAACAGCUGAUGAGACUGAUUUACAUAAAAUAGAAAUAAAUGUCGAUUUUCAUAUACUGGAGAGUGGUACAUGCCAUGGUUUAGCUUUUUGGUUCGAUGUAGCAUUUAUCGGAUCAACGCAACAAGUUUGGUUAAGUACUGCUCCGACAGAACCUCUUACACACUGGUAUCAAGUACGCUGUCUCUUAGAAAAUCCAUUGUUUUGUAAAAGCGGGCAACUACUCUCCGGAAAAGUCAUUCUUAUAGCAAAUAAAAGACAAUCCUACGACGUAACAAUAGAACUGAAGCUUGAAGGAACGAAUCUGGAAAGCAGUAAUAAUACCUUAGACUUGAAAAAUCCUUACUUCCGAUACACAGGCGCUGCGGCACAGCCGCCUCCUGGUUUAAAUAAUACCUCGCCCAGCGAAUCCUACUGGACGACCCUGGAUGCGCAAGGCGCCCGACAAGCGGUGAAUAUGGUCAAUGGAAUGUCGGUUAAUGGUCUCGGGGAAGUCUCGAUGGAUACAAGCGCAACAGUAAAUCCAAAUAAUUUGCUGGCAAUAGGAGGACAACCAAACAUUCAUCCGGGUUCUAUUUCGAGUACAGGACGAGGUCGCGUGGGAGGUACGGCUACAAGCACACAAGCGGCACAAUUGAUAGGCGGUGGAAUAACUCCAAAUAUGUUUACGUCACCUGCCACUCUUGGUGUUACUUUCCAGCAAUCGCUGGUCCUCGGCAACACUUCUCAUUAUCCAGUGAAUCCCAGCCUGAUGAUCGGUGACUACGUGACACCUGGGAACGGCAUAUCGCCGCAGACAUUUCGGCAAUGAUCUAUGGCGAAAUCGUUUCUCGCCGAGUAUUCCCGCAAAGUAAAACAAUUACAGAACGAUCGUAAUAGUUGUAGCAGUAUUGGAGACAUCGGCAACAACAGUAAGCAAGGUCGCAAACUGGUAUUUAGCUCCCCAAUCAGUAAGCUUCGACUCUCGUCUGCCGUACGAAUUUUAAGUACCGUCGACCUGGCCAAUCUCAAUUCAGACUUUAGACACAGCAACGUUUCUUAUUCAAGCAAAAGUACAGCCAGUCCUGGGUUUGCGUUCGAUUGGAAUCCCGUCAGGAAUAAGUCUCAAUGGGAGGCACGUUGGAAAAGACUGCGAGCCGUCCUCUCGUAGUUGUCAUUAGCUCUCAUACAAUCGAUUUUUAUUUGGUCGUCACUUAGAAAAGAAAAGGAAAAGAAAAGAUCUUCCAUCGACGUGCAUGCUUGCCAAAUAUAUCCACGUGAAAAUAUAAUAUUUUUAAUGACAAUAUACAGUCGCUAUAGUAUAGGCGUCACUAUUUUACGAAGUCUUGACAUAAAUCCUUGAAACGAUAACUUAUAUAAUGAAGGAGAUAAUCGGAAAUGAUCGCGCGUUGCGAUCCGUUUGUUUUAAUUCGAAUUGAGAUGAUUUAGAAUCGACUCGAAGUACUCGAAGACAGGCAUAUUUUACUAAGCUCUGUCGUUGGCUUGGUUGGGUUUCGAUAUCAAGCGACUUUUACACGAGUUUUUAGAAUAGGAAAAACAGCGACGUUUCGAACAUUUUGAGAAGUGCAAAGAGCAAUAAUACAUUAGGGGCAUAUGUUGUAAAGCACUCUGUGGCGUUACCUGUUAUUCAAGAUGUCUCUUGCGCUUGUUUUAAUCAACGUGUCUUUAUUUCGUUAGCAUGACACAAUACGCGAGAAAGUACAACUUUUUUAUGAGUAUUAGCUAUUAUCGCGUAUAUUUCAGUACCCUGUAAAUCUGUGUCGAGAAUAAUCAUUUUAAUUGUUUGAUAGGUGUGAGGCAGUUAUUCAUUGAUCGAUUACGUUUCGUAGAUAAAUUGUAUAUAUAUCCGAAUGUAUGACGCAAACAUAGGUCGAGGGAUACUUCAUCUGGAAAAAAAAGGAAACAGCGGCUAUUCAUUAAAAUCGCAAAUUACGAACGUGACAAAUUACAUUGCCAUAGUAUGUAAAUGUAAUUGCAGGUUCAUCACAAAUGCACUACACAUCCCGGGCAAGAAUCGCUCGAAUGGAAUCUUAUAGUUUUAUGUAAAAUGAUCUGUAAUUCGUAAAGCACUGCUUUGCGUUACACUUAAUUUUUUUUUACAUAUAUUUUGUAAUCGUGAGGAAUGUCUGUUUUGAAAGAUUCUUCUAAAUCUUUGUGAAAAAUCCAAUUGCGCGUAUAAAUAACGACGUUAAGUUUUAAGCUACAUUAUCCAUAAAUUAAAGUACAAUAGAUAUAUAUCAAAUAGCAUUUUAUUAAAGCAUAUUAUUAAAAGUCAUUUUUGCGUUGUAUUUGUAUGUAUUUUGUAUAUCAUGAUAUUAUUAGAAUAAUUAAUAAUGAAAAAUCUUUGAAAAUGGACGUUUUUUGCAUUGAUGAUCUAUACACACUUAGUAAGUGAUACUUGGAAACACGCAUAUUCCCUGUAUUCUAAUAAUGUUAUAAAGUAAAAUAGAAAUAUGCAGCCAUAAUGAUUUUUUAUCAUCUUUAACCCUUUCCACUCAUUGAUAUAGCGGUAUAAAAUUGUUACUGCACAAUCAUUAUUUAAUAUCUAUCGUACUUUUCAUAGCUUAACUCAUAAAAAAAACAGUAAUUAAUGUUAAUUAAAAUUGUACUUGAUAAAAUUUUCAUUGAUUAUUUUUGCUAAUUUUUUAUUAUCCGAUAAUACAAAUUUGAGUGUAAAGGGUUAAAUUGUGGAAACAUUGACCGCGUAGUCUUUUGCAAACAAAGCAAAUACGAUGUUACAUUUCAUAUAUACUUCGUUCAAUUAAGAAUUUUUUAGUCCAGUAAAUAUGAGAAUGGGAGACACCGUUAAUCUCUAAUAUGGAAACUACUGUACAUACACGUAUAUAUCCUCGAAUAAUUUUUACAUAUUGUUUAAGAAUAUACCAAUCGAUCCAUCAGAAAUAGUACAACUGGAUAAUAUUUUUAGAUUUGAAGGUGCAGGUUACAAACGUCGUUUGUAUAACUUUAAGGAAUAAAUGCGACAGAUAAAUUUUUUUAGAAAUUUUUGGAUUUUAUUUAAUAGAAUAAUAUAUUUUUACUUCUUACGUAUUGUAGUUAAUACUAGGCUGUAUAAUUAUCUCAAUUUAUUUGAGAUGUCGAAUGAACAGAAAUGUCUAAAUUGUAAAUAGUUUCGGGAUAUAGUUUAGUAAUACAGCAGUUUGUCAGGUAAAAGAAAUGACUCGAGUUGUGUCACCUUACAAAGAAUUUUGAGCAAAAGAACAUUAUUCUAUAAUAAAAACAAAAAUUCUACGCUAACUGGACAAUAAGUCGUAAUUUUCUUGGAGGAAAGAAGUCCGUUAAUAUUUAUUAAUAUAUAAUAUAUAUAUUAUAAAUAUUCUGCACGUUUUAGAUAUCUUCAAAUCUAAGGAAUUAUUCAGGCCUUCUGUUCCUGAUGAACUACCGUGUAUAAUUCUAAGAUCUCGAGAGGAUUCUCUUUUAAGUCUUAUUAGGUUUUAAGAAAGUUACACUUUAUUUGUUACCUGCACACACACUUGCCAUCUGAACGCAUCUCCUAGUUACCUCAUCGCCGGUUAAUAAAUGUGGCUAGAUAAUAUUUGUACUUACUUUUUACAGGAUCUUUCGUACUUCGCGUACACGCACACUUGCGAAGGGUGUAAAUAUGCGCGUCGCUAUUUCUCGAUGAAGUAUUUCUGGAGAACAGAAGUAUCAUACGCUUGUUAAUACGCGCCUCGGCACAUAUACAAACCAAUCUCGUGACAGGCAUUCCACAAGUGCUACUAAUACUGCAUGGUUUGUUGUAAUAAUUAAUAUAAGGACUUUGCUUCUUCCAUCGUUUCGUUGAGAUAGUAACACCGUCCGUCAGCAGUGUCUAGAACGUAACUCCGUCUUGUUUCCUCUCCUUUUCUUUUCGUAUGUCACCAUUGGAAGAUCAAAGAUUUAAUCGCAAUAUUAAAGAUGACAGGACGAUGUUUAAUAUCGAUUACGUUUCUAGGUGUUGCUUUCGGCGCUAUCUUACAUUGCUGUGGAUGUGUGCGAUUUUUCUUUUUGUACCGUUAGAAUAUCGAAUGUAUAAGACUGCUACACCGCUCGGAAAAACAUACGCGACAUUACAUAUCUCGUCCCAGUUGUACUCUUCGCGAUUUUUAUCGUCUUAUUUUUAUAUCGUUCCGAGUUUUUUUUUUAAGAAUUUUUCCGCACAACUAGUGUAUAUAAUGUUUCGUUGAAAGAUACGUGUGCCGGCUUCUCUAAAUCAAUUAUUUUUUAAAUCGAAUCUCGAACGUUUUAUUCCUAAACUGGGGUACACUUCGUUAGCUAGCUUUCGCUCGUGUAUGUUUUCUGGCGGUAUAUCCGAGUAUUAAGUAGUCCAGCAGUGUUAUAUAGGAAUCUGUGCGUUUCAACGACUGAAAACUAUAUAAGAUAUCUCAGGUAGUUACGCGAGCUCGAAGAAUGCCUUUAUUGCGCUAAGUGUCUGGAUUUUAUUCGGUUCUUUAAGUUCUUUCGCGAUUACGAUAGCAGAUGCAGUGCGGACGCAGGUUUUCGUUCUUACGAUUCAUAUCUCGGUAAAGCGUAGGCAUGACUUGACGAAAACAUUGUAUAAUCGCAUAAAAUCAGACUCAUACAAAUAUAAUCUAUAGCGUAACUGUGUAGUAAGAUUGAUCAGUCAUGUUUAAGAUAAGUUUUUCUCGAACUGAUGGUUUCCUUCGUUAUACCUGUGGGACUACUCAUUCACGUGAUAAUUUUUCAAGGAAUGUUUCGGCAAUACCUUUCUGCAGUUCUAGCAGAUAACAUUCUGAGUAUGCCUAAAUAAUUUUAAUCAAGAUUAUAAACACAGCUAAUUUAUAGAUUUUAUUUUGCAGAUUACCGAAGCUUCGAAAUUCAAAACGUACGAUUUACAUAAAAGUAUGUUACACUUCUGCCAUGCACGUAUGAGAAUAAAAUUCUAAUGGAAAAGAAACAAUUUGACGCAUCAGAAAUUGUAGUACUUACAGAUAACAGGAUUACAGUAAAGCGGAGGCAUGGUUUUUAACAUGACAUUACUAGUUAUAUUAAUUGUAAAUACAACAAUAUUUUUGCAGCAAAGGCAACCUUUUUUACCGUUUAUAAGAAAUUUUUGUUUCAUACAUUGUACACACAAUUUUUAGACAUUGUUUGUAAGUUUAGCGUUUACGCUUAUAUUUUAAUAAGUUAAUAAAUUUCGUGUUCAUGAUGCAUCACAUGAUAAUUUACUGUCAAUUUAAGAUAUUAUUUUUUUGUAAAAAAUAAGUUUUGACGUUCAGUUCAAUUCGAGUGCGACUGUAUUACGCUGAAUUAGACAUGUAAAAUUAGGAGGAUACAAAUAUAAGCUUGCGAUAAGUUAUUUGAUUUUGUCGAAAUCCGCCAGGCAGCAAUCUUUGGAAUUGAGAUCUUUUUCUCUUCUCCCAGAGAGCCUCAUUUUUAAUAAAAAUAUUUCAACGAA